CGUGGCACAUGUGACGCGCCCUCGCUCCACAAGUCGAAACCUGUACGGCUGUUGUUCAAAUUUUGUUCCUUGAAAGAAAAACUAAAGCUUGUGUAAUCUUUGAAUUGUGCUCGCUACGCAAAGCCACGUAUCAACAGAGUAUCUUCUGCGUAUUUUGAUUUAUAAUAGAACAAAAUAAAGUCGCGAUAUUCGCUCGUAUAGUUCGACUUUCACUAUGGGAGCCUUCGCUAGCUUGUUCAAAGGCUUAUUCGGAAAGAAGGAAAUGCGAAUACUAAUGGUCGGUUUAGAUGCGGCUGGUAAAACGACAAUUCUUUAUAAGCUAAAGCUAGGGGAAAUUGUAACAACUAUUCCAACUAUAGGAUUCAACGUGGAAACUGUCGAAUACAAAAACAUAAGCUUUACAGUUUGGGAUGUCGGUGGACAAGAUAAAAUCAGACCACUUUGGAGGCACUAUUUUCAGAACACUCAAGGUUUAAUCUUCGUCGUCGACAGCAAUGACAGGGAGAGAGUCGGGGAAGCGAGAGAGGAGUUGAUGCGAAUGCUAAACGAAGACGAGCUUAGGGAUGCUGUUCUGUUGGUUUUCGCCAACAAACAGGAUCUUCCCAAUGCCAUGAACGCCGCGGAAAUUACCGACAAGCUUGGCCUACAUUCAAUGAAGAAUGCAACUGGUACAUCCAAGCAACCUGUGCCACAAGUGGUGAUGGUCUCUAUGAAGGCCUUGAUUGGCUAUCAAACCAGCUGAAACAAUUAAAGUAGAUAUUCUUUGGACAGACUUUGUGACAAUAUUAUUUCAUCAACUAGAGUAGGAUAAGAAUGUGAUAUAUAAUUCUAUGCAUGCAUGUUCCAUUCAGGACGUGGCAUCAAAUAAUGUUGACCACGUUGACGUUGUCUGUUUUUUCAUGCCCCGGGCCUGUUGUGUUUGUCUACAGCUUAAGCAUGCAUAAAAUUAUGCCAUAACAUGAUUUUUGUGGUCAUCAAAUGCCAACUUGCUCUGUUUGAUAUUGAAUUAUGUUAGUCCUUACAUACAACUGAUUUUGAAAACUGGGAUGCAUUGCCCAAUUAUUUUUAUGUAUUUUGUUUGCAAUUAAUACCACAUCAAUGGAUCGCACAGAAGUGAAA